UCUCGAGUGUAUAACCUAGUGGUCAAUGAAAAGGUUGAAAACUAUGAGAUCUUACGUUCUAUUUCCAGCGGAUGUCAAAGAACUAGGGUUAUUUCUCAGAGUGUAUAGUCUAGUGGUCAAUGAAAAGGCUGAGAACCAUGAGGUCUUAGGUUUAAUUUCCAGAUGAAGACAAAAAACGAGGUGUUUUCUUCCCUUUUGUCCACAGCCUUAUUGGAUAAAGUUAUUCGGUAUCUGUGCUAGUAGAAAGUUGACAGGUGCCCCAUGGAAUUAGUCAACAUACGUGUAAGUUUUUUCUUUCCAUCUAUCCAACGCUGCCUUAUCCAAGUCUUAGUGAACAGAGUUACUUGGAACUUGAGCGGCAACAGGUUUCCCAUGAAAAUCUCGAAACUAUACUCAAUGUCAUUCACUAUACUAGUGCCAACUAGUCGAUAGAAAUUUCUAGAGACGAAUCCACAGAAAAAAAAAAGUCAUUUUCUGGAAAACAUAUUACAUCAUACAAAGAUGUAAAGAAACUUGAUGUUGCUUAUAAUUGAUUGUUCCACAGGGAUUUACACUUGCCUUGCGACGAGCGAGUGAAAUGAAGGAGAAGGUUAACUAUCUCACUAGUUGUCUCACUGCAUUUAAAGGUCAAGUUCAUAAAGAUAUUCUAGUUAAACCUGGAAAUGAUGGCCCUUCAAUAGCAGCACACAAGUCUCUUCUGUCAGCAAAUUCUGUUAUUUUCAAGUUCAUGUUGGAUUCGGAUACGUGCAAAGCUCCCCCGGGUCACACGAUAACACUGGCAGAGCUGAGCUACCUGGAGCUGUACGCGCUCCUUGAGUUUCUUUAUCGCGGAGAAUUGCCUAAAGAGAAACUGGAAAAACAUGUCUACACAUUGUCAAUUGCAGCAGACAAGUAUGAAAUCAAACUCUUGCAGAAAUACUGUGAGCACCACAUGUUGGGAUCGUUGAACACAUCGAAUGCUCUCAAGUUUUUGGAGAUUUCGGAGACAUAUAAAUCUUACUCACAUUUGAAGGCGGAAGCCAUGAUCUUCAUCAUUAAGAACGUCGAGGGCAUUGUCUUCACGCCUAAAUUUGAUGCAUUUGCAGUCGAGAAUCCUCAUUUAGCCGUUCAGAUUACAAGAGCUUCUGUCGUCACUAAUAAAAAUAAGAAACAUAAAGUUUGACCUAUGCAUAUGAUAUGUGUGUUGAGAACAAUGAGAUCUCUCUUGUUCAAAUCCCUCCGAAGACAAAAAAACACUGAGUGAUUUUUUCUCAUCU